GCGGGAAGCUGCGACUGCAGCUGAGCUCUGAGACAGCCAUGGAACUAACGCAGGAAGAGCGGGAACUGAGUCGCUGGGCUGCUGAAGAGAUGGGGUUGCCCCCAGCGGCUUGUCCCCGGGAAUCGACGCUGCGCAGGCUGUGUCUGGGUCAGAGUGCUGACGUCUGGGCCUACAUCGUACAGCAUGUGCGUAGUCAGAGGACUAUCAAGACAAUCCAGGGAAACCUCCUCUGGUAUGGCCAUCAGGACAAUCCAAAGAUACGUCGGAAGUUGGAGCUGGAAGCCACUGUGGCCCGCCUUCAGGCAGAGAACCAAGAGCUAGACCAGAUCCUGAAACUGAUGGAUCAAGAGACUGAAGCUCAGGAUAUAGCCAUGACACAGACACUGCAGAGCUGCAAAGACACCCAGUAUCGAACUCUUCUCCUCCAGGCCCAAGCUGGGGCUGUACGAAGACAGCAACGUGGGCUGCAUGACUCCAUGCAGCGGCUGCAAAAUCAACUCAAGUGUCUGCAGGACAUGCAAAGGAAAGCCAAAGUGGAUGUGUCCUUUGGACCUGUGGUGUCAGCAGCCCCAGCCCUAGAGCCAGAGGUGUUGGGUGAUGUCCGGGCAGCCUGCUCCCUCCGAUCUCAAUUCCUGAAGAACCUUCUGACUUCCCAGGCCAGGGGAGGCAGCAUCCUAAGCCCCUGUGAUGACCACAGUGGAGCAUCCUAUCAGCAGUGGCUGACUUCAGUUGAGACACUGCUGACAAACCACCCUGUAGGCCACAUCCUGGCCGCCCUGGAGCACCUGGCCGCAGAACGGGAGUCAGAAAUCCGGUCCCUGUGCUCUGAGGAUGGGCUCAGAGAGGAGGCGCUGUCCAGGCCUCAGGCACUGGACUCUUCAAACUCCAGCCAGGCCCUGCCGUCCACUGUCCACCUCAUCCAGGAGGGCUGGCAGGCUGUAGGUGCAUUAGUUACCCAGAGGAGUGAGCUCCUGAGUGAGAGACAAACCCUGACUGGCUGCCUCCUGAGCCUAAUGGAGGAGGUGGAGAGACUUUCGCUCGGAUCCAGUGAGAGGAAAGUCCUGCUGCUGGAGCUCAGGCGCAGUGGCCUGUGGGCAGAGCUCAAGGCUCUUCAUGCCCAGAGCCAGGAACUGGAGAGCACAGUCGGGCACCGGCAACUUCUGCUGCGGGAGCUGCAGGCCAAGAGGCAGCGGAUUCUACAGUGGCGUCAGCUGGUGGAGGAGAGGCAGGAACAGAUCCGUCUGCUCAUCAAGGGAAACUCAGCCAGCAAGACCCGCCUGAGCCGGGGUCCAGAGGAGGUGCUGGCCCUGAUUCAGCAGAAGCUUGUUCCCACCUCUGAGGCUGUGGCACCACAGAGCCAAGAACUGCUGCGAUGCUUGAAGGAAGAAGCCAAGCACCUGCCCCACGUUCUCCUGGGCCCCCUGCUGCCAUCCCAUGUCACAGGGCUGAAGCCGCUAUCCAGGAUUCUACCAUCCAUCCAUCAGCUGCACCCCACCACCCCAAGGGGCUCCAGCCUCAUCUUCAUGAGUCACACACUGGGGCUGCCUAUAGGGAAAGCAUCUGAACUACUGCUUCCAAAGGCUGCCUCUCUCCGACAAGACCUUCUGUUUCUCCAAGAUCAGUGGGGUUUCCGAAGAGGAAAUCUCUGUGUGAAGACCAGUCUGCCUCCGGGACCAUCCACUCAGGGUAUGUUGACCCCGCCUGCUUUCCAGAUCAGCAUUCUGUCAGGUCUGCACCACUAUGGGCUUCCUGAAGUGCUAAAAACCCCCGGUACUGCAGCGUGCUGGAAACAUGCUUGCUUCAGCUGCACAGUAAGCUCUUACUGUGUGUUGUGUUGUCCUCCCCCCCGCCCCCGCCCUCGCCCCCCCUCCCCCCAGUUGCAGAGCAGGGAACUCAGGUACACAGUAGAAUGGAGGUUGGUUGGUUUACUUCUUUUGUCUUUUGGUGUGUAUCUCACUGUGUAGUCCAGGCUGUCUUCAAACUUGAGAUCCUCUUGCCUCUGCCUCCUAAGGCCUACACCCUGCCCCCACUCCACCAGCCCAGGCAAGAGCUUGGCUGUGAAUGUGGGUCCCGUCCCAAUCCCAACCCCACGGUUAGACGUGGAUCUGACUAUAAGGCUACACAGCCCAUCCAUUUGCCGGGUAUCGCUCACUGCCUUCAGAGCACCUUGUGUUGUUUUAGCGUGUGUGCAACCCCAUGUUUGUGAAGGUCAGAGGACAACUUGUUGGAGCCUGUCCUCUCCUUCCACCAAGUGGAUCCCAGGGCUCAAACUCAGGUAGUUGGGCGUGGCAGCAAACACUGCUAUCUGCUGAACCAUCUUGAUGUUCCAGUGUUCUUUUGUUGUUGUUUUGUUAUUGUCUAUUGAGGCAGGGUCUGGCCAAGCAGCCUAAGCUGGCCUCAGACAAGCAAUUUGUUCCCUCAGCUUGCCAAAUGCUGGUGUUAUAACCUCGCACCACUACCUCGGCCUCAUGGUUAUCUUGAACUCUUUUUGUUUGUUUGGUUGGUUUGGUUUGGUUUCUCUGUGUAGCCCUGGCUGUCCUGGAACUUACUCUGUAGACCAGGUUGGCCUCGAACUCACAGAGAUCUGCCUGCUAGGAUUAAAGGUGUGAGCUACCACCACCUGGCUAUGUAUCUGUAACAGCUCCUGGAUCCCUCUAUUCUAAAGAAGAAUUUUGUUCCCUUUCUUCCUGACCUCCCUCCCCCCAAACGAUCCAUAACCCCCAUGUCAGCUCAUCAGCAAGCCCUCAGAGUCCAAAUUCGGGGUUCUGGGCUACCAGAUCUGCUCCCGCCACAAUAACUCAUGACUCAGAAUUCCCAGAGUUGACAGGCCUAGAUAACGAACAUGUAGAGUCAUGGUGGAGGUCACAGACAGGGUACUCAGUGACUGAUGCUUUGUAUUCACAUUCAGUGGGGUCUGUUCUGGCGCAAUGGGGACUAGGCCAGUCACCAUCCUGGGGAAAACAGUGCAAGAGUGGAAGGUUGGAGCAGGGUGAGAAGGCCUUGGGAAAGAUGGUGAGUUAGUUAGAGCCCAGGGAGUAGAGUGCUUGCCUAGCAUACCCACAGCCCUGGCCUUCAUACCAGGACUGCAUAAAACUAUGUGUGGCGGUUGGGAAUAGUGGCGUACACCUUUAGUCCCAGUACUGUGGAGGCAGAGGCAGGUAUGAGUGCAAAAUAAGUGGAAUCUACAUAGUAAGUUCCAGGCCAGCUAGGCCUACAGAGUGAAGCCUGUCCCCAAGAAAAGGGGAGGUGGCUAGGGAGAUGGCUCAGUGGUCAAGAGCACUUGUUCUUGCAGAGGCCCUGGUUCAGUCCCCAGCACCCACGUGGCAGCUCACAACAUCUGUGA